AUUAACGUGUCAUUCGUAUGGGAUAUGUGACCGGGGCACCGCUACUUCAGCGGCAUGUUAUCAGACGCGACACGUUGUCCCUGUGUGUCUGUGAUUUGUCGGAGCGUUAGGCAGCAAAUCUUCCUGCUUCAGAUGUCACAGCCAGACUCUGAAAACGACAUUUGGGACUAUAAGCCACUGAAGAAGAAAAGGAGGAACGGAUCUGGGACACACCGGGGAUCCACUCCCAGAAAAGGUGCCAAGAAAGGGACGCGUUACUCAGUCGUGCCCCCUGUCAGCAAUGUGGCGCCCAGCGAAACGGUUUCCAUUCGCCGCUCAAGCGACGCGCCUGUGGGUGGUCCCGGUCCGCACGGAGACACCAGCGAUGGCUCACAGUCGCAGACCGCCCCGCCGCCGGUAGGCCCUCAUUCCAAGGGACUCGACACACGUAAUGCACCGGAGGAACAAUCCUCGGGGGACUUUUGUCCCGUGUGUCAGAUGCCGUUCUCCAUUUUGGUGGUGCAGUCUCAAAGGUGGCACGUCAGUGAAUGUCUCGACACCCCACGGGAUAAUAUCAAAGAAUGUCCAGAUGGUCUCCGGUGUUCCUCCACCAUUCCCAACCACUACAAGAGAUUCAACCACACGUUGCUGGCUCACAGUCGAGCAACCACAGACACCGUCUUUGCCUGUCUGUCCCAAGAAGUAGAGGCAAAUUUUGGCUCUCUCUCACAGCCAACAAACAAUGAGGCGGUCAGCUCCAAUUUAGAAAGCUCACAGGAGAGUAUCGUCAGUCUCGCUGCUUUCUCCGGCCAUAGUGCCUCCCCUGUCAAUCCCGGCAAAACAACUCCUACUAAGCUUACAAAUGGCUUACUUUUAUUACGCUCGCCUGGCCCUGGGGAUUUUAAGAAAAAAAAAGGUAGGUUGGCCUCUUCAAAAGUCAAAAAAUCUAUCAGCAAAUCCCAAAAGAGUAAAACAAAGCUGGAAUCAACCCCUGUUAAAAAAGACUGCAGAGACCAAGCCUGUGAAGGUGGUUUUUUCAAAAUGGAGCCUUCCCCUUACAAUGAUGAUGCAAUAUCUUACUCCCCUCUCUCGGAGUUCCCUCCAGAGUUAGAGGUAAAAGAGGGUGAAUCUAGAAAAGAUCUGCUUCCCAGCAGCGCUCGUGAAAAUGAGGACAAGGACUUGGCGAUACUGUUCAGCGACGCUUUGUCAAGUGAAGAUGAACUUUUCAAGAACUUUACUGAUCAACUUGAAGACAUCAGCAUGAGAGAAUGUGCCUCAGCUUCCUUCCCCACCAAGCUGGAGUUAGCUACCUCAAUAGUCCCCAGCAAUCGGCAAGCUGCAAGUAUUGCUGCUGAAAACACACCUGAUUUUACAGGUGAAAAGGAUGCACUUGGAAACUCUACCAAUACAACUGCUACUUGUAAGGCUAGUACUCCGUCUCCACAGAGUGUUGUGCUAGAGCAUCUCCGAGAUAGCCUUUCUAGUUCAAACCACUUUCACUACAAAAGCUUGAAUGAUACAAAUGGUCCAACAGAGCAGCCAUCCACACCUCCUCAUCGGAUGCUUUCUCCUAGAUCCUCUGUUAACCAACUGUCUGAAACCAUGGCACCUUCUAAGGGCCAGAACAAGGCAGGUUCAGCUUGUCUCAAGCAGCUGGACAUUGGGGUGUUUUUUGGGCUCAAGCCCCUCAAGGAGAAGGAGGUUGAGGCUGUGGAUGGAGCAUGUGAACAUGGUACCACAAGCAGCCCUACGUCUGGAGAGAACUUAAGAAAGAGAGGAGAGAGGAGGGACAGGCAAAGAAAAAGUGGGGCUGUCACAACCACGGACACCUCAGACAUUGGGGUGAUGGAUACCAGUCAAGUGGAGGUAGUUCAAGGAGAAGGAGGGAGAGCAGGGAAGAGAAGAGGCUACUACAGUAGGAGAAUGGCUGGAGGAGGGGGAGAACUGAUGCGCUGUCCAUUCUACAAAAAGAUUCCAGGCACCAAGUUUGUUGUUGACGCAUUUCGUUAUGGAGAGAUUGAUGGCAUCGCUGCCUACUUCCUAACCCAUUUCCAUUCGGACCACUACGGAGGGCUGAAGAAGACCUCUACAUUCCCCAUCUACUGUAACAAAAUCACAGGGAACCUGCUGAAGAACAAACUGAGGGUGACUGAGCAGUACAUCCACAUCCUACCAAUGAAUACUCGUGUCACGGUGGAUGGGGUUGGGGUCAUCCUCCUGGAUGCCAACCAUUGUCCAGGAGCUGCCAUGCUGCUCUUCUUCCUGCCUGACGGGCAGACGGUCCUCCACACUGGAGAUUUCCGAGCCGAUACCUCAAUGGAGACCUACCCUGAGUUACUCAGCUGCAGGGUGCAGACGCUUUAUCUGGACACCACCUAUUGUAGCCCUGAGUACACCUUUCCCAGUCAGCAAGACGUCAUCCAUUUUGCAGCCAGCACUGCCUUUGAAUUGGUGACGCUUCACCCUCGGACCCUUGUGGUGUGUGGAUCCUAUUCUGUGGGUAAAGAGAAGGUCUUUUUAGCACUGGCAGACAUCCUCGGUUCCAAAGUCUGCCUUUCAAGGGACAAAUACAACACCAUGUGCUGUCUGGAGUCGGAGCACAUCCAACGGCUCAUCACCACGGACUGGAAGGCCGCUCGGGUCCACGUACUGCCCAUGAUGCAACUCACCUUCAAAAAUCUCCAUGCUCAUCUGAGCAGGUUCUUAGGGCAAUAUGACCGGCUGGUGGCCUUCAAGCCUACAGGCUGGACCUUCAGCCAGCAGGUGGAGUCUGUGAUGGACAUUCAGCCCCAGACCAGUGGCAAUAUAUCCCUCUAUGGAAUCCCCUACAGCGAACACAGCAGCUUCCUGGAGAUGAAGCGCUUCGUCCAGUGGCUUCAGCCUCUCAAGAUCAUUCCAACAGUCAACGUCGGCAGUUGGUCCAGCAGGAAGUCUAUGGACAGAUGCUUGAAAGACUGGCUCAUGGAAGCCAAAUGUAGUCUUAAACCGUAAGGACAUGAUGGGACGGAGGCGCCAUUCUACACACAUGGGUUAGCCUAGCAAGAUAAAAUCCUCAUUCAGUAGCAAAGAGGAAAAUGGCCAGUCAAGAAUCAUCCCAUUGUUGAGCUGUAUGGAACGUGUUGAACGUGAUUAUUCAAACUAAUGGUUUUAACUGCUUCUACUGGAACCGAUUAUUAAUCAAGACGACUUUUCUCUGAACACGACACUGUUGUAAAAUACACAAAAAAAUUCUGCUCCACCAAGUAAACAUGCCUUUCUUCAUCAGUCCUUGGGAAGAAAGGUCCUCACGACUAAUCCAGUUAGCUUUGGGCCUUUUUCCCGGGCUGGGAGGAACAGGAAUGAACCAGCUGGGAUCAGACACCUUCAAGUCAAGCCACUUUUAUUUGUAUAGCCCAACAUCACCAAUUAAACAUGUGCCUCAAGGGGCUUUACAGCAACACAACAUCCUGUCUUUACACCCUCACAUCGGAUAAGGAACAGCUUCACAUCCAUUUUCUUCCAGCGUGGUUGUAUUCUGGCAUUUGGUGCACCCUUUUUCUACGUUCCUACCUCUUUUUACCGUUCUUUCUUUCCUGCCAGUACACUUUUAAGUGCUGGUUUACAUGUUUCAUUUUAUUCUGGCUGAAAUUUAUAAGAAAGUCAAGUAUUUAAUAAUAAGUAUGUUUGUAUGUGAUUCCAACAGUUUCCCAUUAUUUUGUCCUGAUAACGAUCAGUACCGUCUUUGUCCUGGUAAUCAGUAUUGUCUUUGUCCUGGUAACGAUCAGUACUGUCUUUGUCCUGGUAACGAUCAGUACUGUCUUUGUCCUGGUAACGAUCAGUACUGUCUUUGUCCUGGUAACGAUCAGUAUUGUCUUUGUCCUGGUAACGAUCAGUACUGUCUUUGUCCCGGUAAUGAUCAGUACUGUCUUUGUCCCGGUAAUGAUCAGUAUUGUCUUUGCAUUUGUGUCCAAAUCUUCAUAAACCAUUAAAUCUUUUUUAUA